GCUACGCUGUCCAACGGUAGCUACUAGCUAGCAGCCAACAAUGAGUUGUUUUAAGAAUAAAAAACAUAGAUUAACUUUUCAACACGUGAAAAUGUCCAGUUUACAUUGUUGUGUUCCCAAGUGUACCCGGGAUUCUCGUCUUAAUUCGGAAAUAAGUUUCCACACGUUUCCUAAAGAUCCCGAGGUGCGAAAACAGUGGCUGAUCAAAAUAAGACGCUACGAGUUCUCUCCAACGCCUGCCACUCGUGUCUGUGGCAAGCAUUUUCUGUCGGGAGAUAUUGAGGUGGGACCUGGGGGGAAGAAAAGAUACCUAAGGAAAGGAGCUAUACCUGUUCUCUUUGAAUGGAAUGACACGCUCCCCACACCAAGACUGGACCAGACAGACUCACACUCCGACUCGGACAUGGUAACGUUACCCUAUGAUCAUGAUUACUGUGCAACUCCCAAAACAGCAGUGAUGGCAGAUGAGAUGAGAGGUGAGAUGUUCACUGCGCUUGAAGAGAAGGAUGAGGAGAUCCGACCGCUGCAGCACAAAGCAGAGGCUCUACAGCUGCGAACGCGUUGUUGCCUAGACCGCUAUGCAGGCUCAGACGAGCAUAUUCGCCUCUACACCAGGUUUGCCUCCUAUAAGCACUUGAUGGACUUUUGGAAAUUGGUGGAAUCUGCCUCUGCCAGCUGCUCUGAUUUCUCUCUAUCAACAACGAAACUUCCUCCCAUUGAUGAACUGCUGUUGUUCCUCAUGUACGUGUCAACGGGCCAGUCUCAAAUGGAACUAGCUGAACGGUUUGACAUUCACCGCUCAACAGUUAGCAGGAUUAUAGCCACGUGGACCCACUUCCUGUACCAGCUGCUUGGAAGCCAGCGUCUAUGGAUGCCACGUGAAGCUGUGAGAGCACACCUUCCGCCAGAGUUUGCUGGUUACCAGGAUACCCAAGUAAUACUUGACUGUACCGAAAUACGCAUCCAGGCCCCAUCCUCUCUUCUGCUUCAGAGUGAGGUCUUUUCAUCGUACAAGUCUCACCCAACCCUGAAGGCCAUGAUUGGCAUGGCUCCCCAUGGUGCGGUUACAUUUGUCUCUGGCCUGUAUGCAGGAUCCAGGAGUGAUAAAGAGAUUUUCAAACUGUCUGGCAUCACCAAUCUGCUCACACCAGACAUGGCCAUCAUGGUGGAUAAAGGGUUUCUUAUAGAGAACGUGGCUCCAUGCAAGGUGUACCGGCCUGCUUUUUGCUCCAGGAAUGCCAAGAUGAGUCGAGAGGAUGUCAUUAAGACUCAGUCCAUUGCACAUCUUCGCGUGCACGUAGAACGCUGCGUUCGACGCCUUAAAGAGAACAAACUGUUCGACACCAGCAUACAACUGUCGGUGUGUGGAAGCAUUGAGGAGCUCUUCAGUGUGGCUUGCUUCCUUGUCAACUAUCAAAAUGGACCAUUGGUGAAGGAAUGGGCAACUUGA